AUGUUGAAAUCUUUCCUAAAAUUUGUCAGCAAAAAUGUUUUGCUUGCCUUCUUGCUCCUUGGUAUUCUUUCGGGCUUUCUGUUUGGAGUGUUGUUUAACGGAACAGUCCAACAAUCAACGGAAUCAAGAAAAUUAGCAAUGUUUAUUGGUUUUCCAGGAGAAUUAUUUCUGCGAAUGUUGAAGCUUGUGUUGCUACCUUUUGUUGUAUCGAGUGUUGUUACUUCUCUGACAAUGAUUAAUAAAAAUACUGCUGGGAAACUUGGAAAACGUGCGGCAGUUUAUUUCGUGGUUACCACUCUGAUCACAAACAGCCUAGCUGUUGUUAUAGGAGCAGUUAUAAUAAAACCACAAGCACAUGAAAUUGAAGAGGAGACGGAAUCGAAAACAGGAUCAAGUCCUAUUUACGCCAUAUUAGACAUGUUAAG